GUGGCUUUACUAUUCUAUUUUCUUCUCGUGUCAAAGCCACAAUCCCCCACCCCAGGAUUAAAAUCAAUAAUUUAAAUACUCCUCGUGUGGGUUAGUUAUAUAAGGUGUUCGUUCGUGUUCGUGUUCAACUCAAGUUUCCGAUCCAUUCGAUCAGCCCUACGCCUUAUAAGGUCAACAACCCGCACACCACAUUUCACCUCACUUCACUUCACUUCUACAACCACCACCACAACAACAACAACCCUACGGGUACAAAACGAAAAAAGGGAAUAAAGAAGAUGACCCGCCUCUACCCCCUCUUCAUCCUCCUCUUCGUGCUCCUCAUCCUGGGCACAAUCUUCUACAUCACCUACUCGAUCAUCCAAGAUGUGAAGCGCAACACGCGAUCCAAGAUGGAGAAGAAGAAUGUCACCUUCUCUCGGGAUGGAGUCACCGUCGGUGUGAAGGAGUUGAAAGAUGAGGAUUAUUUGGAUCGGAGUCAGAGCAUUCUGGUUAGCAUGUGGAAUCAUACCUCCUUCCCUGCGUAUAAGAGUCGACUGUGGGAUAUGACGAAGCCGACGAAUUGGAAUGAGAAUGGCGCUGGGGCCAGUGAUGAUGGGUUGAGGGAUCGGUUUUGGAGUGCGGCGGGGAAGGUUGGGGAGUGGGCUGGGUAUCAGCAGGGUCAGGAGGGGGAGGGGGAUAAGAAGGGGCAAUGAUGAGUUUGUUGAACUUUGGGGGCGUGUGGGGUUUAUAUAAUACUGGGGAUUAGGGAUUGGGGAUUGGAGUUCUGUGUUGGUUUGGGUUUCCUUCUGCAUGGGGUGCGUGCGGGUGGUAUUAUGCUCUGCUAUGCUGUACACGCUGGCUUGCAUUCAUUAUUAGCUAUGCAUUAUGCGGCUAUCUCCUUUUUUGCUCUUCUUGCUGACGAGAUACAUGAAUCAACGAAUCGCAUUGACUCGCUUUCAAAUCAACUUUGCAUAUGUGCAUAUGUGCAUAUUGCAGUCAUCAUAAUGUUAGUCACAUCUCAUCCGUCUCAUCAUCAUGAGUUUAAUCGAGGUUCUCGUAAUAGUCAUAAUCCUGGUUCAGCUUGUAGUAUGGAUCCGGCUUCGGCUCCCAGCUGCUGCCGUACCAGGUCGGCGUCGUCAAUUUCUCCGGCGUGUCGUC